GUUUCUAUCACUCUUUCCUGGUGGGAUGUUAUGCUGAUUUGUAUGUAGCCUAUUUCCUCCCUUUAAACGUUUGACAGCCGGCUCACGACGACUGUGGUCAAAAACCGUAACUUGAGGAAGGCGUGAAACUUGCUCUCCCUCCUUCGCCUCUGUCUGCGUCUGUAUGGAAGAAACCUGCGGAGUAAAGACAGACUAUGCUCACCUGAUUGGGGUGAUGAGGAUUCGUGAACGAUAUGUAGGAUCGAUGGAGUCGUCUCUGUUCUCUUUUUCAUUUUUUGCAUGUUGAGCAUCGACAUGUAAAGAAGUUUCUUUUCAAUGGGUUUACGCCAGACACAGCGGGGAAUACCUCUGCUUCUGGAAGAGUGACCUAGCUGUCCUCAUUCCCCCUGACCUUUCACCUCACAGGGCGGGGACCCUAACCCCCCCGCCCGGCCCAGCCAAGCUGCGGAGAUGUACCAGGAAGUGGCCCUCCUGGCUGGCAGCUCCGAGCGCCAGUUCACCACCUUCCACUUCAACCCCCUGGAGGGCACCCAGGAGGCUAGCGCCAGGAAGGGCGUCUUCUACAAGCGCGUCCAGCUGCUCCGGCCCGACCCCGAGUCCUCGCUGCCCCCGCGGGUGGACAGCCUGGCCCCCAGCGCCGCCGCCGCCGCCGUCUCUCCGCCGGCCACCGCCGACGACGACACGCCGGCCAUCAUCAACGUGGGCGGCAUCCGCUACCGCAUCCCGUGGUCCACGCUGGACGAGUUCCCGCUGACGCGCCUGUGCAAGCUGCGCGGCUGCAGCAACGCCGAGGAGCUGCUGGACGUCUGCGACGACUACGACGUCGCCCGCAACGAGUUCUUCUUCGACCGCUCGCCGGCCGCCUUCCGCGCCAUCGUCACCUUCCUGGCGGCGGGCAAGCUGCGCCUCCUGCGCGAGAUGUGCGCGCUCUCCUUCCACGAGGAGCUGCUCUACUGGGGCGUGGAGGAGCAGCGCCUGGAGUGGUGCUGCCUGCGCAAGCUGCGCCUCCGCCAGGAGGAGCACCGCGAGCAGCUGCGCCGCGACGAGGAGGAGGCCGAGCUCGCCUCCCCGCACGGGUCGGCGACGCAGGAGGAGACGCGCAUGGCCUGCUGCAUGCGUAAGCUGAGGGACAUGGUGGAGAACCCGCACUCGGGCCUGCCGGGGAAGAUCUUCGCCUGCCUGUCCGUGGUGUUCGUGGCCAUCACCGCCGUCACGCUCUGCGUCAGCACCAUGCCCGACAUGAGGGCCGAGGAGGAGCGGGGCGAGUGCUCGCAGCGCUGCUUCAACAUCUUCGUGCUGGAGACGGUGUGCGUGGGCUGGUUCUCGCUGGAGUUCCUGCUGCGCUUCAUCCAGACGCAGAGCAAGUGCGGCUUCCUGCGCACGCCGCUCAACGUCAUCGACGUGGUGGCCAUCCUGCCCUACUACGUCACGCUCAUCGUGGACGCGCUGUCGCCCGCGGGCCAGAACGGCGAGCGGCCCGCCGGCUCGGGCAACAACUACCUGGAGAAGGUGGGCCUGGUCCUCCGGGUGCUGCGUGCGCUGCGGAUCUUCUACGUGAUGCGGCUGGCGCGCCACUCGCUCGGGCUGCAGACGCUGGGCCUGACGGUGCGGCGGUGCACGCGCGAGUUCGGCCUGCUGCUGCUCUUCCUCUGCGUGGCCAUGGCGCUCUUCUCGCCGCUCGUCUUCCUGGCCGAGAGCGAGCUGGGCGCCGCGCAGGAGUUCACCAGCAUCCCGGGCAGCUACUGGUGGGCCGUCAUCUCCAUGACCACGGUGGGCUACGGCGACAUGGUGCCGCGCUCCAUCCCCGGCCAGGUGGUGGCGCUGUCCAGCAUCCUGAGCGGCAUCCUGCUCAUGGCCUUCCCCGUCACCUCCAUCUUCCACACCUUCUCGCGCUCCUACCUGGAGCUCAAGGAGGAGCAGAUGCGGGCCUCGCGCCAGCGGCCCGACGCGCACGACAGCACCAAGUCGCAGAACAGCGAGGACUCGCAGGACACGGACCGCUCGUACCCCAUGACCACCGCUGCCGCCGCCCAGGCCUCCGUGGCCGCGCUGCACCGCCGCUCCAUCGCCGUCAUGGCAACGCAGAGGCCGGAGGACGUAAAGAGGGCGGAGAAGACCUGAGAGGUGGAGUAAAAGACAGGGUGUGGCUGUGGACUGUCUCCUUUAAAAGAAAAGAAAGAAAGAAGGAAAGAAAGAAAAAAAGAGAGAAGAGAUAGAAAAAAAACUGCAGUAAUUUAUGAGGGUGUGUGAUCUUUCACGGAGCUGGAGUGUAACUUGGGAAUAGUCCAACACAGUAGCUGCAAGCAACUUUUGAAGCAGGGAAUGAAUUUUUAAACGGCUGGAAUCGAGAACUACAGUAGUAUUUUUCCUGGGCUGGUGAGACAGUGAUGAUUGAUCAACAGUACAGUACAUGGCCCCUGCUGCCAGCUUUUAACUAGUGUUUGGGGCAGACUCUUCUCACAGAAGUAAUCACGAGGAAGCCAUGUUCCCUUUUCUCUUGUUUUGUUGGACUAAUGAAAAAGGAGAAGCUGGAUGCAGUACCACCUUGUGGCUUUUAUUUCGUUUUUUUAUCGACAGGAAAUGAGACGAAAUAUUGCUUGUUUUCAGUUUUUUUCCCUUUCAUUUCCUUUCCUUAUUUUUUACCAGAGUAUUUCUAAUCCCACUGCAAAAAUCCUUUAAACUGAUGAGGGCUCGUAGCAGGAGAGACAGAGGCAACCAGUGCACUUAAAAACGUGGAGUUGGGGCGGUCUGUUCAGUCCGUGAUGUCCGUCUGUGUUCCUGCACGCCUAUUAGCCUUGCCAGUGCUCCGGGACGAAGAGAGUGAGGAGGCUGGAAUGGGGGAGGAUGUGCAAAUGGUGGAGGUGCAUUUCUCUGUGUGUCUCUCUGCAGAGAAGACAAAACGUAUUCAACUAUCUGCCUGUACCAUUAGUGGAACCCAUCCCACAAUAGCCAAGUCACCCUCCUUGUUCCCGUCCUGCACAGCAGCCCAGUUUUGAUAUGGGCCUGAAUCCCUUACCCAGUCUCUUGUAUGGCUUGCUUCUAGACUCCUUAGACUCAGGAUUUGCUGGUUUCAAUAAACACGGUGAAGCAUUA